AUGAUAAUGCAAAUAAAUGAAUAUAUAUUAAUAUUUGUAUCUAAAUAUGAAUCGAAACAAGAUCAUCUAUUACAUUUCUCAAAGAUUAUAGAUGGUUUAAAUAUAGAUACUGUUCAAAAUGAAUCUAUAUCAAAUGAAAAAGAUCAACUACAAGUUAGUAAAUGGCAAUUCUCAUUAUCAGGUGAACAAUUAACAUAUCAGGAGUUAUCAUCAAUGUUUCACGAAUAUAUAGAUUCAAAAACGAAAAUAGAUUUCUAUUUAGCACCUUUAGAACAUUAUAAUUGUCAACCAAAGUUGGCAACUUUCGAUAUGGAUUCAUGUUUGAUAAAGAAUGAAUGUAUCGAUGAAAUGGCUUAUACUAUGGGUGUAGUCGAUAAGGUAUCGGAUAUAACACGUCGUGCCAUGGAAGGACACUAUAACUUUGAUCAAGCAUUGAUGGAGCGUCUUGCUCUGCUACGUGGAAUGACAGUUGAACAACUCGAAGACGUUUGGACAAGAAUCGAGUUGAAUGCCGGUGCUUUCACACUCGUUCAAACACUGAAAUCACUUGGGUUCACUGUUGCACUGGUAUCGGGUGGAUUCACUUUUUUCUCACAGAGAAUUGGAUCGCGUCUCGGAAUCGAUCAUGUCUAUUCCAACGAGUUGGAGAUUGUCAACGGCAAACUAACGGGCGAGGUAAUCGGACCGAUUGUCAAUGGCGAUAUGAAGUUGACGGUAUUGAAAGAGUUGUCGCGACAUCUCGCUCUCGGACAACAGGAAACAAUUGCUAUGGGAGAUGGAUCGAACGAUCGAUUCAUGGUGGGACAUGCACAUCUCGGUAUUGCUUAUCACGCCAAGCAAAUAUUGAAAUCUUCAACGCCUUUCCAUAUCAAUCAUACUCCACUUCACACACUAUGUCUUUUCCUCUCGGCGACCAUUCCACAUCUAAAGCAACAAGACUCUGAAGUACGACGUCAACUUCUCAACCUAACAACCAAAGAGAAUACUCAAUCCAUUCAUCAAAUCACAGAAAACUCUGCAUUACUUAAUCAAUAUGCUCAUCAAUUGAGAAUAAGUCCUUCUCAAUAA